AUGGCAACAUUUUUUCGUUGGUACAAUGGAAGGCUCGCAGCCCGUCCGUAUCUCACCCAGGGCGUGACGACUGCCGUUCUGUUUGCUACUGGCGACAUCACCGCCCAGCAGCUGGUCGAGAAAAGGGGCGCCAAGGGCCACGAUGUCUCGCGAACUGGCCGCAUGGCGCUCUACGGUGGAUGUGUUUUUGGACCCGUUGCGACUACCUGGCUGGGCUUCCUAGCUCGUCGCGUCACCUUCAGGAAUGCUCGGGUCGAGACGGCGGCGCGUGUGGCGGCUGACCAGCUGCUGUUUGCUCCCGUCAUGAUUGGAGUCUUCCUCGGCAGCAUGGCCACCAUGGAGGGCAAAAGCCCCCAGAAACGCCUUGAAACGACGUGGUGGCCGGCCCUCAAGGCCAACUGGGUGCUCUGGCCGGCCGUGCAGUUUGUCAACUUCACCUUCUUGCCUCUACAGUACCGUCUGCUGUUUGCCAACGUCAUCUCGAUUGGUUGGAACAGCUACCUCAGCUGGGUGAACAGCAAGGGCGGCACCAAGAGCAAGGACCACGAAUUGGUCGCCGCCCCAGCCACCUAA